AUGAACGUCGCGUCAUUGCCUCUGCGACGAGACAGCGACACCGCCACUACAGGCGACGGCACUUCUCUAGCGCCACCUGCGGCUUGUUCCCUCGGCCUGUUCGCGCCAGCGGCAUCCACGUCGCCCCAGUUGACGCAGCUUAAGUCCUCAAGAAGGGACGUGGAGGGGGGCGUGCUCACGAGGAAGACAUCGGCUACAGACGAGCUGCUUCAGUGCGAUAAGGUGGUCAUCUUGCGCCCGCCGCCCCUGGAUGAUGCACUUCCCUCCGGUACUGCGCACAGCACUGCCGCCGUUGCGUACGUCGACUCCUCCUCACUUCCUCCGCAGCACUCGCUCAGCUCGGUGGCGUACACAACCCAUUUAGCUGAGCAGCCCUCGUCCGCCUCGUUGCAGAGCGUUAGCGACGCCCACGCGGCAGCAUCAAGGGAGCUGGGCAGGGGCGCCAACAUCAACGCAAGUGGUUCUGUCCUGACCUGGACACUCGAUGACACAGACACGACGCGGACAUCCUUCCUGCAGACAGCCGGCUCUACACAGCCGCCGUCGCUGCAGGCGAGUCGCUCGUCGUCGUGCCAGCCUGUGGUUCUACCAGUAGCUCAACAAGCAUCGCCAUCGCCGUCGCCGUCGCCAGCGACGGUAGCGGAAACUAAAGGAGCGGCGAAUGAGCCAGCCCCCGCUACACAGCCACGAUCCGUACUCACCGCCGAGGCGCAGCGCAACCUGCAACUGGCAAGCGCAAGUCGCCUCUCCGGCAGUGGUGGCCCUGUGGCACGCCGGUGCCAUUCUGCACUCACUUCAUUGGCGCGCCGCUCGCCGUGUGCCGAGGUGAAAGCGACUCUGCGAAGCGUGGUCGCCGCGUCGGGGCCAAUGGAUGCGACGGCCGGAACGCCCGCGCGGCCGAGCUACGAAUCUGGCCGCGACGCUGGCGAGUCUCCCCUCGGCGAAGCGAGCGACGGAUGCAGGGAGAGCAGGAGCGGAGCCAUCCCGACAGCUCGGUUGACACAGCCGCCGCAGGCGGUGGCCGCCGCUCGACAGCACUCUCGUUCCGACUCUUUGCUGCCGUCUACACCAGGGCGGCAGCAGCAGCUUGCCGUGGCGCUGAUGCCAUCCUUCACGCCGCCUCAUGACUCCACGUCUCCGUCUCUGCGCACCCCCGCGCCACAGCAGACAUCACCGUGUACCUCGGCACCGGCCGUGUCAGCACCUGUCAACGUCACUGUUUCUGCCAUAAGCGACGCACCGGACGACGUGCCACUGCCGCAGCAUCUGGACCUUUUCACCGUACUGCCGGCCAGCAACACCGCGAGCGCCGGCACCGCAGGCGGCUACAGCAACUUUGGUGAUGGUGAUGCCGGAGGGGUGCUCCGUCCGCGCUUGCCCAUGCCGAACUCUGCCAACAUACGCGGCAUCGGCACCCACGCAAACAGCGAGAACCUUUGUGCCGCGUAUUCAUCGGUGACGACCUCAGGCACCGAGACUCCCACCCAGACACGCACUUCGCGUUUGAACCUCGGAAGCUGGAACACACACCACUUCGCCAGCAGCAGUGGUUGGCUCUCGAGUAGCAUGAAAAACACCGAUGGCGGCAGCGGUGGCCUCGUUGUUGGCAGUCGCUGGAACGACGGGAGUUGCACCAGCACUCCACCCCCGACAAAUUCGGAACUCUUUCGGCAGAUACGUCAGUCCACCACGCACGUCAAGUCGAUCUUGCGCAAGUCCGGGAGCAGCACAGAGAUCGCGUACGGUGCGACGGUCCUGAACGACGGCGAUCAGGCAAAUAAAAAUCGCUCCUGUGUGCUGUUGCCCUCCGUCCAUGGUGGCGGGGUCGGCGGCAGAGCCGAGACGACCGCGUGCACCACGCCUCGCAUAACAGCCAGCAGCGGCAUGGCAGGUGGUGGUAACGGGCGGACUUCGGCGAUGUCAUCGCCAAUAGACGAGCCAGCGCUGCAGAUGGACUUCAUUGUACUUCGCCACACCACCAGCGAUGCGGAUCGCGUGAACGGAAGCGCCAAACCCGCCGACGCGUCUCCGUCGCCCACCGGCUCGCGCUCGCGCACGCACCGCGGCUUCCCGACGGGCACCUGGCCGCAGCCCAACCCCGACAAUAUCAACAGCGUAGCUAACAGCAACGUGUCGGGUGUUUUGGGCACGAGCGUCGAGAACGGCAAGGGUGUCUUCGCAGAUGGCGUCCACGGCAGCGGCAACGCAGGCACCGGCAGCACACCCCUCAGCUCAGCGGUACAACGCUCGUUGGCGUUUCCUUGUCAGCUGUCCCGGUCGCCAUCCACACCAGGGCACCCCUCGCCGCACCGUACCCAGCAGUGCCGCUCGAGCGGCAUGAGGCACGGUGGCGGCGCUAACAUUGGCAACACCAGCAAUGGAGAGACGCAGGUGCUGCCACCGCCAUCGACGGCGACGGAGCUGCCCAUCUUGUUUGCACGCGACACCGUCGCCGCGGCAAGGUGCACGUCUGAUGAGCCGCCGCCUGAAAUUAUUCUCGCCUCCCCUUCACCAAAGCGGGUGCGCGUGGUAGUAUGA